CAGAGCAGAAUGGCUGCAGUAACAGAACUCUCCUUCCUGCUGUUUGCUCUCAUCAACAACAUUCAUGCAGAAGAACGUAUCACCAUCCGAUAUGAAGGGGGCUCUUACACCUUCAACCCCCCCAAGGAGGCCAACUUCUGCCUGAUCUCCAGAUUUGUUGGUGAAAAGAAGCUCCUCCUGUGGAAUACCUCUGCCCUCUGGUCCGAGAACUCCACGGUACCUGAAGACUUGAAGCGACGACUUUCAGUUGGCAGCGUUAAUAAUAUUUCUUCUUACACGAUCCAGAACCUGACCCAUUCCGACUCCAGCCAGUACCAAGAGGAGUGUUGGACCGAAGGCAAAGUGACAUCUGAGAAAAACACCAGUAUCACUGUUUGUAAGACAAAGGAUGAGCUCAAAGUGAUUGAUGUGAGAUUUGGAGGAACAGUGGACGUGUCAUGUGAGGGAGCGGCUGACAAUCUGAAUAUCCAGUGGCUCAAGUAUGACCAUGGAUAUAAGACAUGGACAAAAGUAUUUGAGGACGAUACAACAUCGUUGAUGGACAAUGUUAAAGUGGUGAAAACCACAUCAGCACUUCGUCUCUCCAACUUCACAUUUACAACGUUUCAAUGGUACAUGUGUCUGGUGAUGAACCAGCAGCAGUGUGUGAGCAGUCACCCUGUACAAGUUAGUGUGCCACCAGAGAUAAUCUACCACUCAGUGGAAGAGACGGCUGUGCUGCAGUGCAAUGUGACUGAUUUCAGUGACGACCAGCCCCCAGUUUGGAUGAAGAGGAAUUUUCCAAAAUCUUCCGACACUGGCCAAGGACAACUAAACAAGACUGUGUCUAAUGUGGAAGAAGAGGUGGGUAGAAACUACUCACUGGUGAUUUCAUCUCUGACGUUAAAUCACUCAGGUCGGUACUACUGUAAAACGUUUGUCACUUUACAAAUGCAUGUGCUGGUGGUUUGCCCUAAAUUUGGCCCCCCUGCUGUAGAGCUCUUCUCAGAGGGAGAUGAUGUCACUCUCAGAUGCAGAAAUUGGGAAGAGGGUAUGGUACCCCUUUGGUUCAUGAAGUCGAAUAAAACAGAGGGCAGAAUCUUUAAUACUUAUAAUAUAAGAUCUGAUCUGAGAAGAGUGAAGACAUUCUCCCUUAAUGGCUCCUUGGUUAUAUCUAAUGUCUCACUGGAAGACACAGGAGAGUAUUGGUGUGCAGUUCUUGACCCAGAUCAGCAGUGUGUGUCAACAACCAAAACUCUUGUAAAGUACAGAGAGCCCUUUGGGAUUCACUUCACGUUGUACACAGUGAGGAACUCACUGCUCAGUGGUCUGCUGGUGAUCCUCUGUGUUGUUGUAGUCACUGUGAUCCAGAGGAGCAGGAGAGGAGAGCAGCGUUCAGCUGAGACAGAGAGUUAAUAUACAUAUGUUCAUACUUACUCAUCAGUAGCUUUAUCACCUUCUUUCACUGUAGGUCCUCAUUUCUCUUUAACACACAAUGUUAAAGGCACAGUUCACUCCAAAAUAUAUAUUUGUGCGGUUUAUCCAUCUGGAUUGUCUUUGUGUUGGAUGAAGUUAUCGAAUAUAAACAUCUCACAUAAAAUAACUAUGUGAAUAUUAUCAUUAUUAUUAUUAUUAUUAUUAUGCUCAGUAGAAAGAUUUAGUAAGUCCAACAGGUGAUAAAAGAGGUAGUGGUCAAAAAUAAAAGAUGUGAAUAUAUGAUCACUGCUUUGUGCUGCACCCAGACCCAUAAGAGAGUCUGUAAGGGUUAUUAUCAUUAUUUUAGAUUUUUUAACAUUUCAGUAAUUAAUUAACAUUUUAACAUUGCUUUCACCUAAGAUGUGUUAAACCCAUUUUAAAAAAUCUUGUUUUAUAUUACUGGUGUUUUGUUUGUAAUCUAGUGAUUAUGUGAUUUCUCUUUCAUUUACAUGUGAAGGAAUGUGAGUUGGUUUUUAUGCAGAUAUAAUUGUUGUAUCAUCCAGUGUUGUUAGUGUUAUAUAACUGUUAUUAUACUUUGGUCUAUAUCAGUCAAUGAGCCGUCGUCUCUACAAUAAAGGUUAAAAAUAAACCAUAAAACUUGGUACCCAGUUUUUAUUGAUUUGAUUGUGAUUUGGGUGUAAAAUGUAUCCGUUGUAUUUAAGAUCUGAUUAAUUCCAACAUCCACAAAUAUAUAUUUGUAUCUGCCAGCAGUGCUUAGAAAAUUGCAAAUAAUUCAUAUUUUUAUAGAAAUGAGAAAUAUAAUUGAAUCAGUUUUUUUCAGGUUACGUUAUACCAAUAUAUGCUUGUUACACACAUUUUACUCUUUUGAUUGUGAUUUCUAUAUAUAUAUAUAUUUGUAUCAUUUCUGUAAUCUUAAAUUGUGUAAAAUGGCUGUAUUUUAUUUUACUGGAUUUCCUUACUGUGUUAAUGUUAAAGAGUUCGGUCUAGACCUGCUCUAUUUGAAAAGUGUCCUGAGAUAACUUCUGUUAUGAAUUGGCGCUAUACAAAUAAAAUUGAAUUGAAUUGAA